CCCGGCUAAAAUCAAGCCACUUUAACGACAGCGUAUAUAUUCUGUGGUUUAACCUUCCAGCCGCAUUCAGCGGUCAACUGUUUGUUAGUAGCGGUAUAAUUCGUGCUACAGGUCUCCCCCAAAAAUAAAAUAAAACAACAAAACAUGUCUCUCGACGAAAAAUUCAACAAAGCCGCCGAAGAUGUCAAGAAAUUGAAGAGCAAACCUUCCGACGAAGAUCUCCUUGAACUCUAUGCCUUGUUUAAACAAGGUACCGUCGGAGACGUCAACACCGAUCGUCCAGGUCUCUUGGAUCUGAAGGGAAAAUACAAGUGGGACGCAUGGAACGGAAAGAAGGGCCUGGCUCAAGACAAGGCUAAAGAACAGUACAUUGCCAAAGUGGAAUCACUCAUCGCCUCUUUGGGAACCAACUAAUUUAUUUAUUUAAACUGAACAAGCAUCACGUUCUUUCACUUUUAUACAUAAAAAUUUUGUUAUACAUGUAAUAUAAAAGAAAAUUGUUUUA